AUGCAAGUACUUCAACGUACGGGCAUAAAUUAUUGACAAUUGAUAGUGCAGCACGUGAAUUUUCUGAAAUUUCCAACGACUGGAAGUGUUUUUGUAAAAAAAACCCAAUUUUUGACUAAACUAUAAAAAAAUGAGCGUGCCCCUGCCCCCAGGUACUGGACUGGAGAACAUCGAUGGUGAACAAAUCAAAACGUUCAAAGACUUCCUCAUCUCGUACAAUAAGUUGACCGAAAUGUGCUUUCUGGACUGUGUCUCUGAUUUUACCAGCAGAAACAUCAAGCAGGCAGAGGACAAGUGCUCGCUUAACUGUCUGGAAAAGUUCCUCAAAGUCAACCAGAGAAUAUCGCAACGCUUCCAAGAGUUCCAGCUGCUGGCAAACGAGAAUGCUCUGGCCACUAAGCAGCCCGCCUCCUGAGUGAGGCCCGAAAGGUGCUAGUUUUGUUGAAUAGUUUAUUUAUUAUAGUUAAGGGAGUAUCGAAGA